AUGUGCAAUGCGACUGGCCAGGCAACCAAUAUUGCUGCUAAAGUAUCCGAGCUAACAAGACAACAUACACAGAAUCUGCUGGGAGUGAUCGCCUGCUCCGAGAUUUUUCUGAUGCCCAUGAUCGUGGUCAUGGUUUUCACUGGCAAGGCAUCAAUUUUCCUUCCGUUCAUUUAUUAUCGAUUCAUCACACUACGUUACAUGUCGCGCCGAAAUCAUUCCACAAAAAUGUUUUUCUACCAGCUUCGUGUAUCUCUGGAGCAAGCGGUUUCGACUCACGGUUGUCCACAGUUCAUCCGGAAUGCAGUGUAUGCUCUGAUCAGAGGCGUUAGCUAUCUCUGUCCAGUAGCAGUUUAA